AUGGAGUCACUCCGGAAGGAUCCAUGGCUUCUAUUCUGGAUUGGAGUCAUGCUCUGGACCCUGGGCGUGCGGGGUUUCGAGGCGCAGGCAUCUGGCUCUGUCAUCAGUAUUCCUUAUUUUAAAAAAACAUUCGGGAAGCCCUUGGACGGCGACUACUAUAUCGAGACAAGCUGGCAGUCUGCGCUUAAUGGCGGUGGCAAUGCCACCGGCAUCGUAGGGGCGCUUCUUGCCUCCUAUUUCAUCGACAUAAUCGGAUACAAGCCUGUCAUCCUUUUCGCAUGCGUUAUCAACUUGGCAUCAGUAGGCGUCGAGUUCGGCAGCACCUCCAUAGCCAUGUUCUUUGGCGGCAAGAUGAUGAACUUCGUUGCCAUUGGGGCUUUCCAAAACGCCUGUACUACGUAUGUUGCUGAUAUUGCGCCACUGGCGAUCCGAGCGUCCGCUAUUGGCUUCUGCAACUUGGCUCAGUGCAUCGGCCCCUUCCUCUCGGCGAUCAUGUCUUACUAUACCGCUCAGUGGGAUACUGAAUGGUCCUGGAAAGCCCUGAUUUGUGCUCAGUGGGGUUUCGCCGGUAUUGCUUUCAUUGGACAGAUCUUCAUGCCCGAGUCUCCGGUGUAUUUAGUCCGGAGGGGCAAGAUGACCGCUGCUCGGAAAGUUCUCGGCCGCCUCUACAAGGAUCCAUCUGAUGCUGAUGGCCAUCUGGAGGUCAUCAAGCUGACUUUGGAGGAGUCGGAAACGUCGAAGAGUACGGGAUCAUACAUAGACUGCUUCCGUGGAACCAACCUUCGGCGAACUCUGAUUGCUAUGCUGGCUUUCCUUGCUGAGCCGAUGUCCGGUCUUGGCUUUGUCGGCUCAUACGGAGCUCUUAUGUACCAGUAUGUGGGCAUCGGGGCUCGCCAGUCCUUCCUCUUGCAAAUUGGAGCUCAGAUUCUGUCUAUGUCUGGGGCCACCAUCGCCUUCCUCGUUAGUGACUUCUACGGCCGUCGACCGAUGUUCCUUGUCGGCUGCACUGCGCUCGCCGUGCUGCUCAUCUGUAUGGGCAUUGCGGGAUCGAUCAACACAGUCGCCGCCACGACCGCUGCUGUCGGUUUCUACACCAUGUACAACUUCUUCUACAACGUAGGCGUCGGAUCGGGAGUUUAUGCAAUUGCUGGCGAAAUGCCAACCUCGAGCCUACGAGGCAAAUCGCUCGCUCUCUCAAUGAUGCUCAGCAAUGCGACGAACACUAUGUGGGCGUUUGUGUGCCCAUACAUCUUCAAUCCUGGAUAUGGCAACCUCAAAGCAAAAAUUGGCUUCAUUUUCGGUGCCUUCAUGCUUAUCUGGGCUGUCAUGGGCUUCUACCACAUUCCGGAGACCCGUAGGAGAACCUACGAGGAGCUAGAUGAGCUCUUCAUGAAUCACGUCCCCGCUCGCCAGUUCCGCAAAUACGUCACUGUCGCGGAACAGCGCGCAGCAGAGGCCUACAGCACAGAACAUAAGGCUGCAGCUGCAGAGGCCGAGCAUGUGUGA